GAGUCAGUCUUGUUGGAGGCGACAGGUCUUGAAGAUGCCCGGACUGCUGCUCGGAGAUGAGUUUCCCGAUUUUGAAGCGGAGACCACAGUUGGAAGGAUAAAACUACAUACAUUUCUUGGGGAUUCAUGGGGCAUCCUGUUCUCCCAUCCCAGAGACUUCACCCCUGUGUGCACCACAGAGCUGGGUAGAGCUGCUAGACUCAGCAGUGAGUUCACCAAAAGGAAUGUCAAAAUCAUCGCUCUCUCUAUCGACUCUGUGGAAGACCACCACUGCUGGACCAAGGAUAUUCUGGCUUACAAUUGUGAAGAGUCAUCUUGCAUCUCGUUGCCCUUUCCCAUCAUUGCGGACAGUAAACGAGAUCUGGCAGUGGCUCUAGGCAUGCUGGACCCAGAUGAGAAAGACAAAGAUGGCUUGCCACUGACUGCACGAUGUGUUUUUGUCAUCAGCCCAGACAAAAAACUCAAACUGUCUAUCCUCUACCCUGCUACAACUGGACGCAACUUUGAUGAGAUUUUGAGAGUAGUGGACUCACUGCAGCUCACAGCAAGCAGACAGGUGGCCACUCCUGCUGAUUGGCAGCCUGGAGAAUGUGUGAUGGUGCCACCAGCUCUAAUGGAACAAGAGGCAGCCUCCAUGUUUCCUGCAGGCGUGUACACUAAAAACCUGCCAUCAGGAAAGAAGUACCUGCGCUACACACCCCCACCAAAAUAUAACACGAAUCAUUAACACAGACUUUAGUUCAACCUAAAAUUGUACCAUAGUAAAUGAUACAAAGUCUGUGUUGACUACUACAAAUAUGACAAGGGUAAAGGGAAGAUAACACCAACAUGUUUACUGAAGGAAAUAAUGUUAAGAAGAUGUUAAACAUUUAUUCAGAUUUAGAUUUAAAUUAUACAAAGAUUUCUCUUUUACCCUGAUGGCAGAGUGUUUGCUUGUUAUCAUAUGAAUUUGUUUCA